UCAUUCAGUCAUGUAUUCAACUGACUAAUUAGUGAGGUGUUAUAACAGGAUAUUUUAUAUAUACGAAAUUUGUCUUCUCUUUAAAAUAAUCUUUCUUCGUUAAGAAUAAAAUAGGUGACAGACGAUGAAGGGAAUAUGCCUACUCACCAUCGCCUUUUUGGCAUCUUGGACCAUAAUCACCGCGAGUAAAUUACCUAUUAUUUUUGAAACUGAAGACGAAUGUCCAGUGUCAAACAUUUCCCCUCUGCCCAAACUAAUAUUUCAUGAAACGGAUUGCACUAAAUAUUACGAGUGCAAAAACGGUCAGAAACAAUUACGCUUUUGCAAAGUCGGCCUGUACUUUAGCAAAAGAUGGUUUGGUUGCGUCACACCGGAAAUUUCAGAAUGUUCACCUUUGACCCCGACUGUCCCAAAUCUUGAAUGUCCAGUACCAGAUACUUGCCCGCCGAAAUUAAUAAUUCACGAAAAGGAAUGCAAUAAAUAUUAUGAGUGCAAAGACGGUCAGAAGCAUUUACGUUCUUGCGGAGCCGGUUUAUACUUUAGUCAAAAAUGGCAAGGUUGCGUCGAACAGCAGGUUUCGGAUUGUCCAUCAGGUGACAGUGGUGAACAGUGUCCAACGACAGAUGAUUGCCCACCGAAAUUAAUACCUAUCAAACAAGAUUGUACUAAGUAUUACGAGUGCAAGAACAGUAAGAAGGAACUACGCUUUUGUAAAGCCGGUUUAUACUUUAGCCAAUACUGGCAGGGUUGCGUCAGUCAGGAGCAUUCGGAAUGUUUUAUAGACCCAGAAUGUCCAAUUCCAGACAGUUGUCCGCCGAAAUUAAUAUCUGACAAAAAGGAUUGCACUAAGUAUUACGAGUGUAAAAACAGUAAGAAAGAACCGCGCUCUUGUAAGGUUGGUCUAUACUUUAGCCAAUACUGGCAGGGUUGCGUCAAUCGGGAGCAUUCGGAUUGUCUCAUAACAACUCCAACUCCGAUCCCGACAACUCAGACUCCGAUCCCAACAACUCAGACUCCAAUCCCGACAACUCAGACUCCGAUCCCGACAACUCAGACUCCGAUCCCGACAACUCCGAGAUGUAUAAACGGCGAACUACUUGAACACGAAUGUACAUGUACUAAAUAUUACUUAUGCAUAGAGGGUUACAAAGCUGUAUUUGAGUGUUCACCUGGCAAGCACUUUGAUAUUUCAACGAAAACUUGUCAACCAGGUACAAGUUGCCUUCAAGUAAUUCCAAGUCCGAUUUCGAAUCCAAUUACAUCCCAAUGCACAGAAAGUGAAUAUAUGCCUCAUGAGUACGAGUGCAAGAAAUACUACGAGUGCAAAGUCGAUCUGAAGAUCUUGCGUGAAUGCAACGAUGGAAUGAUCUUCAACAAGGCGUUGCAAACAUGCGUUCUAGGUCAAUGUUGAGAUGAUCCGAUCGAAGGAUAAAUUCUUUGGAACAUUAUACGCAAUCGUGAGGGUUACAGCGAGCCGCCCUUAUGCAUAAAGCGAUGUGAAGAAAUAUGAUUACCGCGAUAACUACUACAGAUGCAGCGAUGAAGACUGGUUGCUCGAGUAUUGCUAAAAUGAUUAACAUUUUAGCGAGAUUAAAAAAAUGCAUGAAUUCAAUAGAUAUCGAUUACGAUAAAAAUAUUAAAUCCAAACCAGACAAUUGUUUAGGUUCUGAUUUCUUAAAACGACGAAAUUCCCUCACGAAUGCGACUAUAGAUUAUAUUUAAGUGUGAGAAUAG